CGCGCAGCCAUGUCCGACGGCCCCGAGUACGCGUCCUUCUUCGCCGUCAUGGGCGCCUCGGCCGCCAUGGUGUUCAGCGCCCUGGGGGCGGCCUACGGCACGGCCAAGAGCGGCAUCGGCAUCGCGGCCAUGUCCGUCGUGCGGCCCAGGCUGAUCAUGAAGUCCGUCAUCCCCGUGGUCAUGGCGGGCAUCGUCGCCAUCUACGGGCUGGUGGUGGCCGUGUUCCUCGUCAGCUCCCAGACGGCCGGCAUCAGCCUGUUCAGGAGCUUCCUGCAGCUGGGGGCCGGCCUGAGCGUGGGCCUGAGCGGGCUGGCCGCGGGCUUCGCCAUCGGCGUCGUGGGGGACGCGGGGGUGCGGGGCACGGCGCAGCAGCCGCGGCUCUUCUUGGGCAUGAUCCUCAUCCUCAUCUUCUGCGAGGUGCUCGGCCUCUACGGCCUCAUCGUGGCCCUCAUCCUCUGCACCCGGUAG